UGAAUUGUUUAAUGAUCUAUGAAGCCAUAGAAUAAUGGUACUAAAUCCUGAUGUAGCUUAAUAGCAUGAAGUUUAGCACGUAAAACACUGAAGCUAUUUAUCUAUUUAAAACCCUUGGUAUACUGACACUGCUUGCUUUUAUCCAAAAGUGAAACAAUUAAUUAUUCAAGCAAAAGCUGGAACUUGCCUGUCCGUCUUUGCAAAGGCAUUUAGAAUAUUGAUAUGUUUAAGCAGCAUUAUUUGAACUUUUGUUUCAUCAGGCCCCUUCAAGAUAAGCAGUCUUUUAAAACUGAUACAUUUAAACAAGAUAACUUGCAUUAAGUAACUUGGCAUGUGUUGCCAUAUGAUUCAUUCUCAUAGAGAGUGAGUGGAAAUGUGCUGCCAGUUACAAGGCAAAGUUCUGUUUACCGUAGUUGACAAUAAUAAUAAAAAAAUACCCUCAGUACAAAUUAUGGUACACCAAGGGUUUGAUCUCAAUUAGACAGAAAAUAUAUCCAAAGGUGCUAAAUGAGCACUGGGUGUUAGAUCUUAUUCCGCAUUUUCUUGUUCAGCCUUGCUAUAUUACCUAGAAUUUCACUAAAUAAUAAACUCUUCUCUCUGUUAUUUGUGUGUGUGAUUUUUGUAGUGGAGAAGGCAAAUGCAAAGGCCCUUCCAGAUGACUGAAACAGUGGGGUCCUCUGCAGCUACAGGGGAUUCUAGACAUUAACUAAAGGCCAGCAAGCACUCAAGUCCCCAAGUGUUUUCCUGGUGUAAUCACUUGUUAACAACAUUUUUUUCUCUUCUUUUUCUUACAUUUUUAGGGUAUUACAGUAAUUUGAAAACAAUGAGCAGGGUUUGGGAACAUAAUUCAGUAAUUCAGUACCAAGAAGACCGCUCUUCUAACGAGUUCUAUUAAACUUCUGUAGAUUUCAUCACAACUAUUUCAAAGGCACCAUUAAUCGAUAAACUAGUUAAAUUGAUUGAUUGCAGUAAAAUAUGUGUAGUCUUGCACUUAAUUCCUGCACUCACAGGCAGUUGGAUCUCAUGGAGGUCAGUGGGAUUUAAGCAGCCUAACUAUGCAAGAUUGUAGUGCAAGUCUUACCAUUACCUGUUUUUAUAAAAAAUAUGUUUACACAUUAACAAGGCAGAGGAAUAUGCAGGGUGCAGACCUGCCAAAGACCUAGUUGUAGGAUAUUCCUCACUGAAGCUAUAAGUAUUGUAAGCAACUUUUAAUCCUGAUCAGUUUUAAAUUUCAGAGUAGAAUAUUUUUAGACUGUAAUUGCUUCUGCUUUAGUUUGGACAAAAUAACAAUUGAGAUAUAAUUGUUCUUGCAUGAACAUCUACAUAUCAGGGCCAAACUAGAUAUGACAGUCUUUAUGUUUAAACAUAGACUUUCCCCAGUCACAUAGAAAGAGCAGUUUGGAAGUUGAUGUAGACAGUUAAAGAACUGAAGUGCACAGAAUCCUUCCUGUGCCUGCAGCUUAACUUCCUUGCAAUCUGUCCCUCUGUGUUUUUAUCCUUAUCUGAGCUCUGAUGCUGAAAAUUGCUCAAUGUUUGCAGAAAGGGGCUGUGGGGAGGUAAGAGCAGGUUGGGGUAGGUUUCAGGGGCUCUCGCAGUUUUGCUUUUACUAUUAAAAAUGGACCCGGACACCCUUUUUAUGUGAUUGGGGGAGGACUGCUGCACUCAUAUCUAGUUUGGCUCUAAUAGCAGCAGUCCUGCCCUGUCAAUUUUGUUAAGACCUAAUUUGGCUCCUACAGAAUCACCAUGUUUUAAGCGUUUUAUAUUUUUAUCUUUGAAAAUACAAUGUUCAUUGUGCUAGAAAGAUAAAUCUGGCACUAAGAAAUCAGCCAAAUAUAUCACUUGAGAAUCUCCUGAAAUUUGUUUGAUGUAACUUAAGUAGCUUUUAUUGUCAGGGCCUCAAUUUGGUGUUGUAAGAUAUGUGUGCAGCUGUGUAGUUUGUGCGAGAACUAUAAUUGUGGACACAGUACUGUAUAAGAAUACUAGGUUUUUUUCUCCUGUGAACUUGAACUACUUUGUUCUUGCAAUUCUUCCAUGUCUAUGGAAGCAAACAAACUACUCAUCAGCAAGAACACCAUUUCUGCUAGGUACUUAAGCAUCAUUCAGUGAGGUAUUUCAAAUUGAGUGGGACUGUUCAUAUGCAUUGAACCACAUGCUUAAGUACUCUGCUGAAUUUAGAUCUUGAUUUUUAACUAGUGGUGAUGGGUUUAACAUUACCUAACUGGAAGUAUUAAAAUACUGCAUUGUGCUAAUCACAGCUCCCUGUAUCACUUACAUUCCUGUUCUUUGUGUGUUCCUAUAUCUUGGUGUUGGCUAUUGCUUUGUGUUCUAGACUUACACAAAGUUCACGGUAAGGCAUAGUACUAUAAACUUCACUAUGAAAUUCAAGGAUUUGGAAGGAACUCAGGUAUUAACAGUGCCUUUGGGUGGGGUUGUGUAGGUUCUUUGGUUAAUGUUUGUUUAUUUUGUCUGUUUCUUUUUCUUCAUUUCUACACAUUCAUGCAGUAUUUCAUGGUUCUAACAAAGCAGCAGUAAAAAACACUUGACGCAUGAAAAUUAACUGGUGAGGGGCCUCAUUGCUUUUUUUAAAAUUGUAGUUUUAUUUCUGAAUAACUUUUUUCCUAAAAAUGAGAGGAUCAGAUGCAUGACUACUUAAUGGAUGCAGAUCUUCUAUGAGGUGUCUCAGGAUAAGAGGAUUUUUAGUUAGAUGCCAGAAAUGUUAUACUUGCACUAUUUGUGUGUAAACAUAAAUAAUAUCCUCUGAGACAUAAUUUUGCAUGCAAAAUUAUCCCAUAAUCUCUAUAGAUAAUGUUUAUAUUGAUGCAUUAAUGCCCUGUAUCUAAAUGACCUUCCCCCCUUUUCCCACCAUAACUUUUGGUAUUGAAAUUAUGACAGCUCAGUGACUGAAGAAAGAUAACAGUGCUGUGUAUUAUACAUUUGUUUAUAUUAUCGGCACUUCUCAGUAUAGGUGGAAGGAACCAUUACCUUUAUUUAACAGUGGUUUUUCUUUUUUGUUGUUGUGUUUUACAGUUCUUUUCCCUGGUUCAGCCUGAACUAUAUACCAGGCCCUGCUGAAAAUACCACCCAACAGUUUUCUUCUGCAGCUUAUCCAGUUUCUCUUAAGUGCCCUGUACAUAUUGUAUGUUUUAUGAUGAGAUGCAGUCUUUUUAAUAUGUAUUUCAGAAACGCUACUGGUAUUUGCAAAUAUAUAGUACAGUUGUCUUAUUGAACUCUCACAUUGGGGGCUUGGGCACAUUAACAGAUUAAGCCAUACGUAUAGGGCUUUUGCUGUUGGAUAAAAUUACAACGAUCAACAUUACUCUUUGUCCCACAUUGGACCUCUUUAGUAAGGUUAUUUUCUAUUCAGGUUAGGCAGUAAAACUAGUCCCUUGCAGGCUACAAGGCUGCAGAGCAGAAAUUUCUUCUGAAAUGGCAAUAUGCAGCAGCAUUCUUGGUAUAGUAAGCAUGACAAACAGUGGAGCAUGUACUUUACUGCACAGGUAAGGAAUGUGCCACAUUUUAGGCAUUUACAUAAACACAUACACAUGGACACAUAUGCAGAACCUUUAUUUGAAGCUCUGUGGAGACCUUCAUAUCCAUGUGACAUGUCAGCAAAAGCCCUACAUUUUUUCUUACCUUCGCUUAAGAUUUACAAAAUUGUAUGGUAGGUGUAAAAGAAAUCAUAGUGAACUGUACCAUAUUAUUAACCCCUAAAUCAAACUUUUUUUGUCUUGUGUAUCUUGAUUUUUCUGUGUGCUUUAUAGUGAAGCAGCCGACACGAGUCGUUGUUCAUAAAACAGCUUUUGAAAGUUGAGAGCACACCCCUGGAGAACCGACUGUGCUUGCUUACGUUUGGUUCAUGACUUAAAAAUCGAGUACAGGAGUUAUUCCUGAUGAGACUAAGGCUUUGUCUCUCCUGGCACCAGCUAACGCUGUGGCAGGUCUUCUGCCGGGGGGUGGACUCCUGCCUACACCCAACCCACUUUCUCAGAUUGGUGCUGUUCCCUUGGCUGCUUUAGGAGCUCCAACUCUUGACCCAACCCUGGCUGCUCUAGGUCUUCCUGGAGCAAAUUUAAACUCGCAGGGGUUGUCUCUACUCAAACAGGGCAUCACGCAGUCUCUUGCAGCAGAUCAACUACUAAAGCUUAUGAGCACAGUGGAUCCAAAGCUGAACCAUGUAGCUGCAGGUCUUGUUUCACCAAGUCUGAAAACAGAUACCUCCAGUAAAGAAAUAGAAGAAGCCAUGAAACGAGUACGAGAAGCACAAUCCCUGAUUUCUGCUGCUAUAGAGCCAGAUAAAAAAGAUGACAAGAGAAGGCAUUCAAGAUCCAGAUCACGUUCAAGAAGGAGGAGAACUCCAUCUUCUUCUAGACACAGACGGUCAAGAAGCCGAUCAAGGAGACGAUCUCACUCAAAAUCAAGAAGCAGGAGACGAUCUAAAAGUCCUCGGCGACGGAGGUCGCAUUCCAGAGAGCGUGUUAGAAGGUCUCGGAGCACAUCCAAACCCAGAGACAAAAAGAAAGAAGAGAAAGAGAAGAAACGGUCUAAAACUCCACCAAAGAGUUACAGCACAGCCAGACGAUCCAGAAGCACAAGCAGAGAAAGACGGCGCAGAAGAAGCAGAAGUGGAUCUAGGUCACCUAAAAAGCCCAGGUCUCCCAAGAGGAAGCCGUCCAGGUCUCCUUCACCAAAAAGGCACAAAAAAGAGAAGAAAAAGGAUAAAGACAAGGAGAGAACCAGGGAUGAACGCGAGAGGUCAACAAGCAAGAAGAAAAAGAGUAAAGACAAAGAGAAGGAUCGAGAGAGAAAGUCAGAGAGUGACAAGGAUGUCAAACAGGUCACAAGGGAUUAUGAUGAAGAAGAACAAGGCUAUGAUAGUGAAAAAGAGAAAAAGGAGGAGAAGGCAGCAGAUUCUACUUCCCCAAAACAUAGGGAGUCACCAGCCGAAAAAGGGAGCGGAGAUACAACAAGGGAGUCCAAAGUCAAUGGGGAUGAUCAUCAUGAAGAGGAUAUGGAUAUGAGUGACUGAAUAUUGCCUUGGCAGUGAAAACAGUUGCCGACAUGCAUCAGUGUCAUUCCUGUGUGAUUCCUUUAUGCUGUACUUGUUUAACCUUUUAAGCUAGAUGUACACAGCUGUAACUAUAACUGGUUGUAAAGCUCCUGAUAUUAAAUAAUUACAUCAAAAGCUUUAGAGAAAGUGAUGUCUGGGUUUCCAUUCUUGUUAUUGGCCAAACUGAAUUGAGUAGCCCAGCAGUUCUUAUUAAACUUGGUGCUGCUUUUUUCAUUUUUGAGCAAAAAGCUGCAUGCAUCUUUGGCAGGCAUGGAUUGUUUGUGUUGUAUGAUCUUUUUAGUAAACCAGCUCACCUACAAUAGUGUUUCUAGACUUUGAUUCAUUUGCGGUAAUAGAGCAAAAUAGGGAAUGCACUGGCUGCAUGUUAACUGUGGCAAGAACAUCCUCAUCUCCUACAACAUGGUGGAUCUACUAAGGGUCUUAAAUGUAGACAAAGAAACUAACAUUAGCUUCAUCUGGAAACAAACGUUCUGAUAGAGAUAGAUAACCUUUUUAGCCUUGUGGCUAAAUCUUUUUGUUGUGGAUUUGUUUGGCUUUGACAAGGUUGAAAUGCACUAGCCUUUUUUGAUGCCCAAUGUGAGGUGAACUUCGAGUUUAAAUCCUUCUCAGGUGGAGUGUUUGUUUUUUGACAACUUUGACUUCUUGAGAUAGUAAUGCAAAACUUCUGUAAGACAGGAGGGAGUGAACCUUGUAGUUAGUUCUUCAUAACCUGCGUUUAUUUCAUUUUGUUUGUAUGUGUAAAAACCCUGCAAAAAAGGAUAGUGCAUUUAAAAAAAUUGAACUUCAUGAUAAUUUUAAAACAUGAUGAUUUUAAAACAAGUCUACUUGAUAAUGUACUUGAUCGCAAGUUGUAUAAACUAAUACAUUUGUGUUACAGUCACUGAAGUAGUAACCUUUUGCACACAGUGAUUUCCUGUUAUUAUGCAAAGUAGUUGGGCAACCUCUCUUAGUUCUGGACGUUUUUGGAGCAUUUACUUUUGUGCUGGUAAAAACAAAAGUAGGCUACAGUCUGUGCCAUGUUGAUGUACAGUUUCUGAAAUUGUUUUACAAGACUUUGAUAAUAAAACCCUUAAAUAUACACUUG